CUUUUCAAUCAUGUUGCAUCUGUUUUCAGUGCUUAGCAUUUUUAUGAGAAAAAACACGACACACGAUCUCAACCUAAACAAUGUCAGUGCACAUGACGUAAUUUUAAGUACAUUAGAGGAACAUUUACGCAGACAUGUCACCGAAUAUCUAUCUGUGAACUUCCGGUUUAGAGAUGAUCAUCGCGGAAACGUUUCAAUGAAACUUCAGGUUUCGUGCCAAGAUUGCCAAGUGAAAGGCUAUAGCCCUUAGAUAAUUCAGAAUCUAAGUUCCAACUUCAUUCUACGCUGGAAUCGCGAAGGAAACCAUACAAUGGUGCAGUAUACGCCAGCGAAAAAUGCUAAUUAACAAUUGAAAAGACGGCCAAACAUUGGUUUCACAUCAGAACUAAGAGACCUACACAUUCAACAUGUACGGAAUGCUACUGGAAAGUGUUCAGUACUACCUGACCGAGAAAUACGGCGAGAAGACAUGGGAAAAGAUCCGCGAACGCGCUGAGAUUACUGAUCAUUUGUUCAUUACACACAAACGCUAUAGCGAGAGCUUCAUGAAAAAGAUCGCCGAUGCUGCGGAGGAAGUCCUUGGAGAUGAAACCGACAUGGUUAGCGAUGAUUUUAUGCAAUAUUUUGGCGCUUGUUUUGUAAAGUUCUUCAGUCAUUACGGAUACGAUCGGAUCAUUCGCGUGAGUGGUAGAUAUCUCCGGGAUUUCCUCAUCGGAAUUGACAACCUACACGAGCACAUGCGCUUUGGUUAUCCAAAGAUGUCGUCACCAAGCUUCUUCUGUGAAGAAGAAACGAGUACAGGUCUAACUCUGCAUUAUAUUUCAAAACGAAAAGGCUUCAUGUACUAUGUGAUUGGACAAGUCAAGGAAAUCGCAUCUUCGUUUUACAACUUGGAAGUGGACAUCAAAAUACUCAGCAAUAAAGUCACUAACAGUACUACCCGCGUGGUUUACCGCCUUGGUUUCAACAACACUGGGCACAAAGUUCGCGGGCCAAACUCAUUAACUGUUCAGAGCAAGCGCAGUGUCAGUGUUGAAGUGUUUUUUAGCAUAUUUCCUUUUAGCUUUGCCUUGUCGUGUGAUAUGACAAUCAAUAUGGCAGGGCAUGGAAUCAUAUCAACUAUUGGAAGUCGAAUCAUCGGUAAUGACGUAAGAGAGAUGUUUACAAUGAGGAGACCAAACGCAGAGUUCACUUGGGAAACAUUUAAGACGAGACAUGUGAUUUUUGAGUUGGUCUGCACGAUUCCAACAACCCGUCGUCCGACAAUGGCAAAUUUUAGGAUGCAGCAGUCCUCUUUCAACUUACAAAGCAACGGCACGGAAUGCCCUCUUUUUCUCUCCACUGAGAAGGAAAGCUACGAGUCCACGAUGUCCUACAAACCUAAACUCCAUCUCAAAGGCAUGAUGAAGUUCAUGGAAUCCUGGAAUAAGAUACUCUACAUCUGCUCGCCAUUAAUAGGAGGAGUGGAAGAGAUGACUCGCAUUGGUCUCUAUAUGAACGACCUGGGUUUGCAUGACACGUCACAUGAAAUGGCGCUCUCUGGAAUAAAACCGCUGCCCCAACUAGAGAUGGCCAGAGACCAUGAAUUCGACAAAGGAAAGGCCUUAGAAGAAAACAUGGAGAAGCUGGCGCAGGAGAGAAAAAGAAGCGAGGAGCUGCUCUGCAGAAUGAUGCCAAAAGCCAUCGCUGACAGAUUGAAACUCGGAGGAAAAGCAGUGGAAACUUGUGAGUAUUUUGAGAACGUUACUGUGAUGUUUAGUUACCUGGAUGGCUUUGUCACCAUUUGUUCUCAAGUGGACGCCAUGGAAGUUGUCAACCUUGUCAACAAUAUGUUCAUUUCGUUCGACAAGUUGACUGAACAGCAUGAUGUUUAUAAGUUUGAAACCUUAGGGGAUGCAAUGUACAUGACGGUCAGUGGUGCUCCAGUGAAGAAGGCGCGUCAUGCUGAGCCGAUCUCGGCAAUGGCCCUUGAUAUGUUACAAGCUGUUACACUCCUCAAGAAUCCCGCCAAUAAGAAGCCGAUGACAGUAACUAUUGGUAUGCAUUCUGGCCCCGUGGCAGCGGGAUUAGUUGGUGAGAGGACACCCCAGUACUGCCUGUUUGGAGACACGGUUAACAUUGCCUCACGGCUCAGGACUACUGCCCUACCAAUGAGAGUCCAUAUCAGUGAAGCGACUAAAAAAUGCUUGGAAAAUACAGAGUUUCGAACGGAAUUUCGUGGUGUAGUAGAACUAAAGGGGAAAGGAAAGACCCGCACUCACUGGCUCAUUGGAAGGAAGGCUUCAACAUAACAUCCCUGAUACGUUUCUGUGAUAUGACGCAAAAAUAUUUGGGAUAUUUGUAAUGUGAAGCUAUUUUUACAUUUCGGUUUUCCAAUUCUUUUGUACAUAAAGCCAUGCGCACAAAAACAUUACGUGUAAUGAAAGACAAAGGCAAAAAACUUAACGACACAAAAAAAACUAGUUAUAUUAUGACCAAGAUUCCUAGCCCUAACAGGCCGAGUAACUUGACAUCGAGAGUUCACAGCCCACUUCUUUUGCCCUGGGAAGUGAAGAAAAGUGGGAAGGGAGGGGAGGGGGAAAUUUAGCUAUCCAACAUUUUGUUCACAUCUGCAUAAUGGACUCAGUAAAACAAGUAAAAAAUGAAAACACUGUUUACAAAGAAAUGACAACUACCUUGGGAUUUUGAAGUGGGAACUUACAAGAAGUCCACUCCUACCCAAUUGUUCGUUAAUUGAGUGAGUGAAGCAUUUUAUUCAUGAUCUGUGGCUCGGAUAUUGAGGGUCCCAAGCAUUCACGUUAAUCAGUAAUUAAUUGAUUGUUUGACCUGUUAAGAGAUUGAAGGUCAAUUAAAUUGGACGUUUCUCGCCCUGUUUAAAUUGUAAUUUUUGUGAUUAGAUAUCAGCAAAAGAAAGAACACAGUGUUUAUUAUUAGUAUUCAAGUUGGUAGGCCAAAAAGAGGAGUGAUAGAUCCAGUCGGAGCUGAAAUGAGCAAUCACUUAGCGUUUACUCUCUUUCUGCUUAUCAAACUCUUAUCAGUUUUCUAGGGACAAUGUUCACUACGUAUAUGGGAAAAUAAAAACAUAUGCUAAAUACCAUAUUAUAUAUAUUUUUUUUUUUUUUGUACAUUUUGAAAAAAGCCCGUCAACUGUGGAAACAAUUUAAUUUAAUAAACACACUACUUGUGUACUAAGCACAAUAGAUAUGCCCGAUAAACACAAUAGCUGACUGGUAAGAGUUUGCAUCAUCCAGUGGCCCAUGAGACCAUCUUUUCCACCCCCC